ACGUGAUCAAUUGUGGGUGGAGGAGUGUUAUUCCGGGCGAGGCUCCUUCUCUCAUUCCUUUUUCCUUUUCUCUUUUCAUCCAUUCUCCCUCUCUAUCGCCUGCAAUACCUCUCUAAAGAGCCAUUGUUUUUAAACCAGGCCAUUGGGUAAUUGCGUGUAGUAUUAGUGAAGACUUGGAGCAGUCAUGUCUAAGUUUGGCGAUGCAAUGAGAGGACUCACCGUCUUCAUAUCGGACAUCAGAAAUUGUAAAUCGAAAGAGGCUGAACGUAAGAGGAUUAACAAAGAACUAGCUAACAUCAGAUCAAAAUUUAAAAGUGAUAAGAACGAUGGUUAUCAGAAGAAGAAGUAUGUCUGCAAGUUGCUCUUCAUUUUUCUUUUGGGGAACGACAUAAACUUUGGCUAUCAGGAGGCAGUCAAUCUUCUGUCAAGUAUAAAAUAUUCAGAGAAACAAAUAGGUUAUUUAUUUGUGACGGUGCUAAUGUCGGAAGGUCAUGAGUUGAUGCCACUUGUGAUCCAAGCUAUCAGACAUGAUUUGGAAUCACGCAACCCGAUAUUCAACGUCCUCUCAAUGCAGUGUAUUGCUAACAUUGCCAGUAGAGAAAUGGCCGAACAACUCGGGAAGGACAUUAUACCAAACAUACUAACAUCACCUGAUUCCAAUGCAGCUGUUAAACAGACCGCCUGCCUUUGCUUGUUGAAACUGAUCAGAGUUGAUUCUAAGAUCAUUACGCUUGAUUCUCAUGCUACCAGGAUCGUCAAGUUCCUCAGUGACAGACACUUGGGUUUGGUAACAGCUGCCUGUAGUUUAUUAGAAGAAUUAGCUCACACUCAUCGUAAAACCUUCCAAGCCUGUGUACCUGACGUAAUACAGAAACUAGCCGGAAUUGUCAGUAAGAAUCACACUGAUCUUCAAGAUUACAGUUACUAUUUUGUACCCGCCCCAUGGCUUUGUGUUAAACUGAUGAAGAUACUAGAAUGUUAUCCUAUUCCAGAGGAUCCAAUUGUUAAGGCUAGACUUGUUGAAGCCAUGGAAACCAUACUGAACAAAGCUUCUGAGCCCAGUAAAUCAAAGAAAGUCCAGCACUCGAAUGCUAAGAAUGCCGUCCUCUUUGAAGCCAUUAACCUCAUAGUCCACAUGGACAGGUAUUUGAGUGCUGAUAUUGUUGUUGUAUUUAUUAUUAUAUUCUAUCCAUACAGCACUGGUGGUUCUCCGCAGCAGUUUCUUGUUAAAGUCCCUAUCAUGUUGCACAAGUUUUCAGAGAAGGUCACUAUGGAUAGUCCGACCUUCUUUUCACGUUGGAAGCAGCUGGCAAAUCCUGCCCAAGAAAGUCAAAAAAUAUUCACUACCACACAACCAAUGGACAAAGAAACAGCCUCUACCAAACUGACUGGAUUUGGUUUCUCAGUGCUAGAAGGAAUUGAUCCUAAUCCUGAUAAUUUUGUGAGUGCCUGUAUUGUGAAGACGAAGAAGGUUUUGGUUGGUUGCUUGCUGCGUCUUGAGCCAAACCAUCAGACAAAACAAUAUCGCCUGACCUUGAGGACCAGUCAUGAGUCGGUGUCAAAGAAUUUCAAUGAAUUGAUUUCUGAGCUAUUCUAGGACGAUAUUAUUAUUUAUAAACUGCUUCCAUUAUUAAAACACAUUCUCCCUCUCUCUCUCUCAGUCUCUAAUCUCCUCCUC